UUGUGUGUGUGUGUGUGAGUAAGGAGUUGAAGAAGAAGAAGGAGAAGAGGAGCGGAGUAACGGCAGUUUCAAAACUAGUCACUCAGUCAGUUGUCGUUGUCGCAGAAGCAUUGCCAAAACAGUGUUUACCAAGACUUCUUAUAAAAAGAAAGACCUGAGAGUUGAAUGUGGAAAAAUAUACAAUCAUCUUCAUCCCAAUUUCACGGAGUAAAAAUAAAUUAAAUUUAAAACCAAGCAACAUAAAAGGAAAUUUAACCAAAAAUUUAACAUCAAAUUAAUUAUUUUAAAAAAAAAAAAUCUGAUUUGAAUCGAGGUCUGCUCGAUUCGAACCUGUACCAAUUUUAAGCGCCGACAUAAAAGGGGGGCGUGUCUGCGGGGAAUUCCAGCCUCGUCUUCGAUAGCGCGUUGACAUCAUUAUUACUGUGACCGCUGUAGAAAAAGAUGGCAGCAGCGAACGACUCUCCAUUGGUUCUGGUGACUGGUGCAUCUGGGUUUGUUUCUCCUUAUAUCAUCAAGCAACUUCAGGAGAACAACUAUAAAGUGAGAGGAGUGGUGCCAAAUGUGGACGACGAGAAAAAGAAAGAGGAGAAGGUGAAGGCUUUGCAAAACUUAUGUCCAGAAGCCGCAAAUAAGCUGGAGUUGGUGGAGGUGGACAGCAGUAAAUCUGAUGCCUGGGAAGAACCAGUAAAAGGUUGCCAAUAUGUUAUCCAUGUCAUCAGUCCAUUUCCCAACAAAGAGUCGAAAGAUGAUAAUGAAUUGGUACAACCUGCUGUCGAUGAGACAUUAGCUGUUUUGAAGGCCUGUGUGGCCGCCAAGUCAGUCAAGAGGGUUGUCAUGACCAGUUCUUCAGCUGCUAUCACAUGCCAUGGUGAUGCUGCUGGAGAUUCAAAAGCUUUCACUGAAGAAGCCUGGUCUGAUCCUAGCAAGCUGGAUCCUUAUGGCAAAUGUAAGACCCUUGCAGAAAAGGCUGGCUGGGAGUACAUCAAGGAACUGCCAGAUGAAGAUAAAAUAGAGCUUACUGUAAUUAACCCUUCGUACGUGAUGGGCCCAGUACUGCCAGGAACUACAUGCUACAGUUCAGAGAUUGUUCAAGUGUUGUUGGAGAGAAGCAGUUUGGUCAUUCCCAAGUUGAACUUUGCAAUUGUUGAUGUCAGAGAUGUGGCCAGUGCUCAUGUUAAAGCUAUGACCCUGGAGGAAGCUGCAGGUAAACGUUUCAUUGUGCACGCUAAUGAAAUGUGGAUGAAAGAUAUUGCUCAAGUAUUGGCCAAGGAGUUUAAAUCCCAAGGUUAUAACGUCCCAACCAUUAACUGCCCCAACUUUGUAUUGCAACUGCGAAGUCUUUACGAUAAAGAAGUCAAGAAAUAUCUCCCACAAGUUGGUAAAAUUUUCAAGUUGGAUAAUACUAAGAUGAAGGAAACUCUUGGUAUAACUCCAAAAGAAUGUAAAGAAACCAUCAUUGAUAUGGCUUACAGUUUAAUAGAAGCUGGUGUCAUCAAAAAGACCAAGAAGUACAAGGGACAGAAUGCUCAGAAUGCUGCAGAAGAGAAUGCUGAUGCCAAAGAAGAUGAAGAAAAGAAGGAAGGAGACAGCGAUAAGCCAAAGGAGAAUGGAGAAGUGAAGGAAGAAGAAAAAGCAGAGAAAGAAGAAACAAAGGCAGAAGAGAAGGCUUCAGAAGAAAAGGCUGAGGAGAAGAAAGACGAAAAAAUUGAAGAAGCUGAUAAGGAUAAGAAAGAAGAUUCAAAACCAGAAAAUGAAGAGAAAGCAGAAGAGAAAAAAGCUGACGAGCCUGAACCAGAAAAAUAAAAAUAUUAAUAAUUAUUAUGAUUAUAAAAGAUAACAAAGGGCGAGGAAAAAAGGAAAAAAUGGAAGGAAAAGGAAUGAGAUAUUCACAAUUGCUAAACAAAAAAAAAAAUAUUAACAGAAAAAAAAAGAAAUGAAGAUCUGUUUGUGAAGAUAUCUAGGCAACAGCCAUUUCUGAUCUUAAAAUCUUCGUUGUUGCUUCUUGAUACUGGAAGUUUUGAUUUGCUCAUUUUUCUAUUUCAUUUGUCAAAAUCUUGUCAGUCAAAAACAAAACAUAAAAAAAGAUAUAUGUAUAAAACUACUGAUGCUCCCAGCCAGCAUCACUGACUCACUGUCUAUUUCUUUCUAUUGUAUAUCUCGUUCUAUAAUUUGAAUCUAUUUACUUGCUAUCCCUCUUUCUAAAGUUCCUGAUGAAUAUCCUGACAUAAAUUGAUAUAACAAAACACAUUUACCAAAAAAAAAAAAUUAAAAAAAAACAUGGGGGUUUCAACUGAGUUCUUUAAAAGAAACUUUUUUUUUUUUUUUCAAUUCACCAAGUUUUGACCAAUUACCUACCUUGGUUGUUAUAUUUUAAAUUGAAUAUAAAGAAAUAAAAAAAAAUGAAAUAUAUAUAUAUAUAUAUAAAAUUCAAAUGAAAAGUUAAAACAAGUGAUUUCCUUUUUCUGUAAUUUGGUGGAAGUGGACGUUAAAGGAAAUAUAUAAAUAAUUCUGGGGACACUGAAUGCUAAGAGGAGCAUGUGACAGUUUUUUAUGGAAAAGCUAACUCUAUAAACCAUCUUAAAUGAUUUUGAAAAAUGGAAAAAAAUUAAAAUAAAAUAAAAUUAUAUUAUGAAUAAUUUGCUAAUGGUAAUUUCUAGAUAUGUCUAAGUUUUGAUAACUAGUAUAUUAUUAGUUUUACUUUUCUCACUGCAAGAGAUUAAUUUCUUAUAGUUUCUGCAGAGCUUACCCAAGACUUCAAAAUUGCACUAUUGUCUUGAAGCGGGUACAGCUAUACUUUAAUUGAAUUAGUAUUGAAAAAUUGAAAAGAAAUUUCAAUUUUAAAAUCUUUUUGCAUUUUGUUUACCACAUUCCCAGUAAGCUUAUUCUAAUAAUAGAAUUUAACGUUUUUAAUUUUAUUUUUCUCUGCUGAAUUGUUUGUGUCUAAAUGAAAAUCUUCAUUUAGAGAAACCAGUAACUUGCCUCUUUGUGGGUAUUAUUGCAAAGACUUUGUAUAUCAUUCCAGCUUCUUCCAGAAAAUUGGAUGUAACACCCCACCCCAGAACUACACUGCCUCCUUCUUACCAUCAUCAUCACCUUCCUCCUCCACAACACUAAAAUAUGUCUCUGACUCUGGACGGUUUUUUUUUUCCUUUUCUGUGUUUGAAAGUAUCAUUUUCCUCUUAAUUCCUUUCUUCCCCACCCCAAAGUUUCUUGGUAAAGUUUUGAUUCUAAUAGUGGUGCUUGACCAUACAACUGGUUUGAGUAUAACUCUUUCUCUCUCUCCUCCCCAACAAUUCUAAGAUUUCCCAUCAUAUUUUGAUGUUUGUAGAACUCUCUCUAACUCCACUCUUAAAGAACUAAGGAUAUUCUAUUUCGAGAUGCACAGAUCUAUUUCUGAUUGAGAUAACAAAAAUACGACAGUGGGUUAGGUGUCGGUUGCCAUUUUAAGACUGUUCAUCUUUGAAUUAUCUGCAUAUUAAAAAAAAAAUGAAAGGUGGACAAUGUUAAGUGUAAUUGUUGCUGACAAAGACAGCUUUCU